AUGCGCACUACCUUGUCCGUAUGGAAUGUCACCAGCCCGCGAAGUUGGCAUGAUGCUGCGUUGACGACUAGGACCAAGACUGUUCAGGCAGUGACCACGGCCUCCUGGGCCCUGUCAAACCUUCUCGCUGAGAGCCCGGAGGCGAUAGAGCAUGUGUGCUCUAUUGGUGGGAUGAGCACGGCCGUUGCACUCUUGAAGAGUUCAGUGUCCUGCCAUGAGCAUGCCUGCCAGUACCUGUCGCCGCCUCAAACUCUUGGCGUUGCGCAGCUGGGCCGAGUGGAAGCGAGCAUCCGUGCUGCUGGGAAGCCGGGGGUUUUGAAGGCUGCUAGGGUUACCGGAUCUGUUUCUUUGGAAGGCAUAGGUGGGCUGCCUAAAGUGGAAGUUCCCUCCAGACUGAAGUACGGAUCUCAGGUCCAUGGCGAAACCUUCGAAUCCCACCACAAGAAUCAACAUCGUCAUGUUCAUGCUCACCAACACAGCUGCCACCAACUGCCCCAGGAUCGUGACCAUCACUACGAACUCAUUGCCGCCAGCCUCACAUGCAGAAAUGACGUCACCAUGUUUUGA